AUGUCUUUUGUUACAGAUGUGAAAUCAUGCUUGGUCAACUUGAGGAGCAAUGGUUGGGAACCAUUAUUUGAAGAUGUCAAAAUUUUCUGCACUGCAAAUGAUAUUCCAGUGCCAAAUAUGGAUGAAGCUGUACCAAGAUUUGGCCAAUCAAGAAGAGGAAGGAGAAAUAACAUUAGCACUGAACAUUUUUUUCGUGUUGAUACCUUCUAUGCAGCUAUAGAUGCUAUCACCACUGAGCUAGAUCAUCGCUUUAAUGACAUGACUUCAGAAUUGCUUGCUGCCUUUGCUUGUCUUGAUCCAAGAGACUCAUUUGCCAAGUUUGAUUUGGACAAACUUGCUAGUCUUACAAACAUCUAUGAUGCAGAUUUCUCGUAUGAUGAUCGCAAGCCUAUCAAAGUUGAGCUUGAGUUAUUCAUGAGCCACAUGAGAAGACAUGAUGAGUUUAGAGUUUGUUAUGAUCUUGCAAGCAUAGCCAAAAAGAUGUUUGAACUUGAAAGAAAUAUUAUGUUUCCUCUGGUUUAUCGCCUUAUUGAGUUGGGGUUGCUAUUACCGGUGGCGACGGCAUCGGUUGAAAGAGCCUUUUCAGCCAUCAAGAUUAUCAAGACCGAGUUGUGCAACAAGGUGUCCGAUUGUUGGCUUAAUGACUUAUGGUGUGCUGCAUCGAGCGAGGGUUAUUCAAAGGACUUGAUCUUAAUGAACUCAAGAAAGAAUCUCAGAAGGAAGGUAGAAUAA